GGCUUGUGAAGGGGGAGAGUAACGUCGGGUCGGGUCAGCGGGCGCUGCAGUAGUCGCCGCAGCGGCGAUGGGAGCGGUGGGGACGAGGCGGCGGCGGCGGCGGCAGAAGGAGGAGCGGGGGCUGGCGCAAGAGCAGCGGCGGAGGGUGGCCAGCAGCAACCGUACCAGCAGCAGCCGUCGCCGCCGCCGCCAGUAAACGCGGACGGUACCCGAGGGGACUGCCCGGACGGCCGGCCUUGAAGCCGCUCUCGGGUCCCGCCGCAGUUGGCGGCGGGGGAUGGGCAGGCGGCGGCGGUCCCUCCUGCGGAGGGUUGAUACCUGCGGCUCCCGGUCCUGAGCCGACGCCAGCCCUCCGCCCGAAACCCCUGCGUUCGUCCUGGCCCAGGUUAAAUGGAAACCACCCUUGGGAGCUGGAUGCUUGUGUAGCCAUUCUAUCAUAUCAGUGAAUUGCAAUGAGUGGAGGAGGAGAGCAGCCGGAUAUUCUCAGUGUUGGAAUUCUGGUCAAAGAAAGAUGGAAAGUGUUGAGGAAGAUUGGGGGUGGGGGCUUUGGAGAAAUUUACGAUGCCUUGGACAUGCUUACCAGGGAAAAUGUUGCAUUGAAGGUGGAAUCAGCUCAACAACCAAAACAAGUUCUGAAAAUGGAGGUUGCUGUAUUGAAAAAACUACAAGGGAAAGAUCAUGUUUGUAGAUUUAUUGGCUGUGGGAGGAACGAUCGCUUCAACUAUGUGGUCAUGCAAUUGCAGGGUCGGAAUCUGGCAGAUCUACGCCGUAGCCAGUCCCGGGGCACGUUCACUAUUAGCACUACUCUGCGCCUGGGUAGACAGAUUCUGGAGUCUAUUGAGAGCAUCCAUUCUGUGGGAUUCUUGCACCGAGACAUCAAACCGUCAAACUUCGCCAUGGGCCGCUUUCCUAGUACAUGUAGGAAAUGCUUCAUGCUUGAUUUUGGCUUGGCACGACAAUUUACCAAUUCCUGUGGUGACGUCAGACCACCUCGAGCUGUGGCAGGUUUUAGAGGGACAGUUCGUUAUGCAUCAAUCAAUGCUCAUCGGAACAGAGAAAUGGGAAGACAUGAUGACCUUUGGUCCUUAUUCUACAUGCUGGUGGAGUUUGUGGUUGGUCAACUGCCAUGGAGAAAAAUAAAGGACAAGGAGCAAGUAGGCUCUAUUAAGGAGAGGUAUGACCACAGGCUUAUGUUGAAACAUCUCCCUCCAGAAUUUAGCAUCUUUCUGGACCACAUCUCCUCUUUGGAUUAUUUUACAAAACCAGACUAUCAGCUUCUUACAUCCGUGUUUGACAACAGCAUCAAAACCUUUGGAGUAAUUGAGAGUGACCCUUUUGACUGGGAGAAGACCGGAACUGAUGGCUCCCUGACAACCACCACUACUUCCACCACUCCUCAGUUGCACACCCGCUUGACCCCUGCGGCAAUCGGAAUUGCCAAUGCCACUCCCAUCCCAGGGGACUUGCUUAGAGAAAAUACAGAUGAAGUGUUUCCAGAUGAACAGCUUAGUGAUGGGGAGAAUGGCAUCCCUGUUGGUGUGUCACCAGAUAAAUUGCCUGGAUCUCUGGGACACCCUCGUCCCCAGGAGAAGGAUGUCUGGGAAGAGAUGGAUGCCAACAGGAACAAGAUAAAGCUUGGGAUCUGUAAGGCCACUACCGAAGAGGAGAAUAGCCAUGGUCAAGCAAAUGGUAUUCUGAAUGCUCCAAGCCUAGGUUCACCGAUUCGUGUCCGCUCAGAGAUUACUCAGGCAGAUAGAGAUGUUCCGUUGAUGCGAAAGUUACGUUCUAUCCACAGUUUUGAGCUGGAAAAACAUCUGACACUGGAACCAAAGCCAGAUACUGACAAGUUUCUUGAGACCUGCCUGGAGAAAAUGCAGAAAGAUUCCAGUGCAGGAAAGGAAUCUGUUCUUCCCGCUCUGCUUCAUAAGCCUUGUGUUCCUGCUGGGGCCCGUACUGACCACAUCUGGAACUAUGAUGAAGAAUAUCUUCCAGAUGCUUCUAAACCUGCCUCUGCCAACACCCCUGAGCAGGCAGAUGGAGGUGGCAGCAAUGGAUUUAUAGCUGUUAACUUGAGUUCUUGCAAACAGGAAGUUGAUUCCAAAGAAUGGGUGAUUGUGGACAAGGAGCAGGAUCUUCGGGAUUUUAGGACAAAUGAGGCUUUAGGCCAUAAAACAACGGGGAGCCCUUCUGAUGAAGAGCCUGAAGUACUUCAAGUCCUAGAGGAAUCACCUCAAGAUGAAAAGCUCCAGCUGAGUCCUUGGGCAGAAAAUGUUCAUUUAAAGAAGGAAACCUCAGGUGUGAUCUUAGCACUUUCUGGGGAGUGCCCUGCCACUGCUGCUUUAGAACAAUACACAGAUAGGCUAGAACUCCAGGCUGGAGCUGCUGGUCAGUUUAUUGCAGCAACACCCACAAGUCCAAUGGAGGCACAAGCAGAAGGACCCCUUACAGCGAUUACAAUUCCUCGACCUUCUGUAGCAUCUACACAGUCGACAUCAGGAAGCUUUCACUAUGGUCAGCAGCCAGAGAAGAAGGAUCUUCAGCCCAUGGAGCCCACUGUGGAACUUUAUUCUCCAAGGGAGAACUACUCUGGCUUGGUUGUGACAGAGGGAGAACCUCCUAGCGGAGGAAGCAGAACCGACUUGGGGCUUCAGAUAGAUCAUAUUGGUCCUGACAUGUUACCCAAUAUUGGAGAGUGUGACAAAUCCCAAGAUCUGGGACCAAAAGACCUUCCUGACCAUAACAGACUGUCUGUGAGAGAAUUUGAGAGUCUCCCUAGGGAAACUGAAGAGAAAAGCCUUCUAGGGUCAGAUAAUGAAGAUGAGAAGUUGAGUAAAGGGCAGCAUUAUAUUGAGAUCUCCUCUCUUCCAGGAGACUUGGCAACUGUGGAAAGGGAUCACUCAGCUACUACUGAACCUCUAGAUAUGACAAAGACACAGACUUUUAGUGUGGUGCCAAAUCAAGACAAAAAUCAUGAGAUAAUGAAGCUUCUGGCAGUUGGAACUUCAGAAAUUUCUCCCCAAGUCAUUGACCCACAUGUGGAAGGACAGAUUGUCCAGGUGGCAACAAUGCAAAAAAGUAAGAUAUCUAAGGAUGAUGAAAUUAAGAGUGAAGACUUGCUGGAUCAUCAAGGCGACCUCUCUAAUUUUUUGCACCAAGAGGGUAAGAAAGAGAAAAUUGCCCCUAGAAAUAGAGAACUGUUUCAUUGUGUUUCAGAGAGUGAACAUUGUCCCCCAUCCCGGAAGGAUGUAGUCAGGUCAUCCUUCGUAACUAGACACAGCCGAAUCCCUGUUUUAGCACAAGAGAUAGACUCAGCUUUUGAAUCAUCCUCUCCAGUCUCUGCAAAAGAAAAGCUUCUCCAAAAGAAAGCUUAUCAGCCAGACCUAGUCAAGCUUCUGGUGGAAAAAAGGCAACUCAAGUCUUUUCUUGGGGACCUCUCAAGUGCCUCUGAUAAAUUGCUGGAGGAGAGACUAGCCACAGUUCCCGUUCCCUUUUCUGAAGAGGAAGUCUUCACUCCUUUUUCAAGAUUGGCCAUAGACUCCCCCCUGAGCAGGUCAGCUGAAGAUAGCUUUCUGUCACCCAUCAUCUCCCAGUCCCGAAAGAGCAAAAUUCCAAGGCCAGUGUCAUGGGUCAACACAGAUCAAGUCAGUAGCUCAACUUCAUCUCAGUUCUUGCCUCGGCCACCACCAGGAAAGCCACCCAUGAGGCCUGGAGUAGAAGCCAGACUCCGCAGAUACAGAGUUCUAGGGAGCAGCAAUUCCGACUCAGACCUUUUCUCCCGCCUGGCCCAAAUUCUUCAAAAUGGAUCUCAGAAACCUCGGAGCACUACUCAGUGCAAGAGUCCAGGAUCCCCCCACAAUCCAAAAACACCACCCAAGAGUCCCGUCGUCCCUCGCAGGAGUCCCAGUGCCUCUCCUCGAAGCUCUUCUUUGCCUCGAACAUCUAGUUCCUCACCAUCCAGGGCUGGACGGCCCCACCAUGACCAGAGGAGUUCAUCCCCGCAUCUGGGGAGAAGCAAGUCACCUCCCAGCCACUCGGGAUCUUCUUCCUCCAGGAGGUCCUGCCAACAGGAGCAUUGCAAACCCAGCAAGAAUGGCCUGAAAGGAUCCGGUAGCCUCCACCACCACUCGGCCAGCACUAAAUCCCCCCCAGGGAAGAGUAAGUCAGCCAGUAAACUCAGCAGAUAGGAGCGAGGCUGCAUCUCUGUGAAAGGGUUAAGAUCUUCCUCCUAAAUCUGAUGCAUGUGUGUCCUUGUACUGUCAAUUUAAAAAAAAUCUGUGUUGAUUUUUUUCUUGCAAAAGAAAGUAACAUGAUAAAUUAUUUAUAAGGAGACAAAUAUAUGAUAAAGAAUUAACCUAAGGCAGGCAGUAAGCAGAUCAGGAUUCAAUGCCUUUGCAUAGGAAGGGGCAAACUAGCAAAUCCAAAAGGGAGAAAUUGAUUAAAUGAACUCUCAUUAUUUUAGCUCUGAAACAAAAAAGAGUCAAAGGUGGGAGCUGGAAUGGAAUUUUAAAGGGUUCAGCCUACUUAUUCUUGAAGGCUCUACUCAAACAUACAGCAAAAGUGAAACUUCCUAUUUUAAUAUUUUCACUCAAAACUUCCCAACCUUGGAGAGUCAGAGUUGCUCCAAUAUUUAAGUGUGUAAGAAGUCUGUGCCUGGGGAGCCAGUGCCGAUAUACGUAUAUUUGGCUUGUACGUGUGUCUGUAUCGAGAGUUCACACCUUCACGCUGCCUCAUUCCUAGUACCCUCUCCCUGGUUUCACAUUUUUAGUUAGUGUUUCUCACCUGAUCCAGCCUCUCUUCUUUUAUUUUAACAAUACAUUCCAAUAUGCUUUUAGCAGCACACAUUGAGAAUUUCAAAUACAAUAACUUUUUUAGUCCUAAUAUAUUUCUUUGGAGCACUAUAUUCUCAGUAUAUUUUUGUGAGAAAUAACUGAUGAAACUUAGGUAAUGGAAGGACAAGUCUAAGAGCUAGAGCUAGCUUGCAGGCUUUAGUACUUUAGGGAGAGAGGGGCGGAAUAGGGGGUUCAUACCCUUCAAGUUAGAACUUUCUCCCCUGCCCUCCACACCCCUUUAGUUUCCUCUGUGUGGAAGGGAAACUGAUCAGAGUAGACUUUGCUUCCUCAGUUCUUCUAGGUACCAACUAUUUCCAAUGUCAACCUCCAAGUUGAUACCAAGGAAGUACAGUGCUGUGGAAUAUGACUUUAUGCUUUUAGAGAUUUAGAAAGAAAAAUAGAAAGAAAUUAGAUACGUUGUUGAGACUUGUAAUCCUCAGACUUUGUAUUUAUACAUUUAGCCAAUAAGGAAUGAGUAUCUGGGGAAAUAAAUUUAGGUUCAGUAUUUAUCUUUUAAAGUUUUAUUACCUGCUUCUCCUGUGCUUUAGUUUGAACAUUUGGGUUUCUUGACCUGAUUUCCCUGUAAUCUCAAUUUAUAAAGCUAUAAAGAGGAUUAUAUUUGUUCUAAUCUUACUCCUCUGCUAACGGGAAUCAGGCAAAAUUAAAUCAUAGUAGACUCUGAAAAUGGGCUCUUUUUUCUGGUGUUUUUGUGUUGUAAAGACCUUAUCAAGGUCAGGUAAAUUGGUCUGCUUGCUGUUGAAAUUUGCCUUCUAGCAAACAUCUGUGCUUUCUCUUUGACCUUGUGUUUGCUGCCAAACCUAAUAUGAAUUGGAAAAAAAAUAUAUUUUCUCACCAAGUGAACAUAUUCUAAUGCUGCAUCAAAGUUGCCCUGAAGCUGCACUGAACUAUCUUGUUCUCUUUAUCUGUGUUGAGCUUUAAAAACAAUAAAACAAACAAACAAAAAAAAACCCUCAAAACACUAUUGAGGCAUAUUUGGUCUCCCAUAAAAAAUGUAGCACAGUGUGGAGUUGAUUUCUCUCUGGUUUUAAGCACUACAGAGGAAUGCAACAGAUAAGACAUAUUUACCAUAUACCUAAAGCAGCUGUAAUAUUGGAAGACCAGUCCUUCUGUAUUAUAUUGUAUAAUAGUUGCUGUAACACUAUUUGCAUGUCUUCAUGGUAAAUUAUAUAAAUAUUUAUAAAUAUAUAGAGAAACAUAUGCUUAUAUGAACUCAUUCUUCCUCAUUCUCCAUUUGUUUAAAGAUCACAGAUGGUGAAAUUUUAUUGUGUGCCUCGCGUACACUUGGGCCUUGCCUAUCUUCAUUUUCUGAAAAUAUGUUCUUGGCAUGUGACACUUAAGAUUCUUCUUGCCUUCCUUGUAUAUAAUACGAGGGUUGGCAGUCUUUAAACAAGCCAAGAUAGGUUAUUUAAUUUUCAUUGUAAAAAGAUUUUAAUAGGGGAAAAAUGACUAGGAUGUGCUUGUAACACUGGUUAAAAGCUUUGUCCUGUCGAUCAUGUGAUGCUGUCGGCGGAGUGAGAGUGGACAGACUGAGAUGAUAAUCAUGGGUCUGAUGUAAACUGGUUUUUGAAAAAAAUCUCUUAAAAUUACCAUUUUAUUUUACUCUUUUAACCUCACCUUUUAAGGGGUGGUGGGAGAGUAAUCUACAAUUAAGAAAUUAUCUUUUUUUUCUGUUGUAUUACCUAAAUUGUGCUAAAAGUAGCCAUCUUUAAAUCCUGACCCCUUUAGUCAGAAUGUGUUCAUGGUAACCCACUGGAAAAGCUGAUGAGGCUGCAGUUGUGCUGUGUGUGUUAUUUUGUAUCUUACUGGCAUUUCUCUGCUAGCAGUCAAAACAGACAGUAAUGGCAACAUGGCAACUUACUGUUUUUUCUCUUUCUUCUUAGUUCCUUUCAUUUUUCUCCCAACUUUUCCACUGUGUUGCUCCCUUUUCUUAAUGGUACCAACAAACUCAAGAUCCAGAAACAGCCUCAUGUAAAAAUAUUUUAUUUUGCAUGUAGAGAAAAGAGUUAACCAAAGAUUUUUCUGCUUGAUACUUUCAAAAGAACACAGACUAAUUAUAUCUUACGUAUCAAGAGGUCCACUUAAAGGACUACUGUCUUAUACAGGGUGGGAGACAAAGGUAGUUUUCCUUGUUCGUAUGGAAAUUAAUACAAUAAUUAAUACAUAAUAAUAUAAGAAUAAACUCUGUAAGCCCACUUUUGCCCCACCCUCUGUAGAGAUUUACUUUAUGAUUUUUAAAUGCAGUUUGUGCUUUCAGGUGCUCCAUGUCUCAAGCUGAAAAGAGAAUUCACAGCCCUAAGCACAGCACUUUGGGCACAGGGAUUUUCCUUUUAUUUUUUUAUUUUAAAGUAUGUUAAAGUAUGAUACAGAGAACGAGUAGUGUUUUUGGUUCUCUCUCUCUCUCUCUUUUUUUUUUGUAAGUGAUGAUAUGUUUCAGUGAAAAACAUAGAUUAUCCAAUUUUAAACCAGUUUGGUCAUUCUACCUAAGAUGAGGGACAUGGCCAUUAAUUAACGUCAAGCCAAACUACACUAAAAGUAUUUGGGGGCAGAAAUUAAAAUUAACUUUUGAAAAUCAAGUGCCUCAUCAUUUCUCCUAUCAUAACAAAAUGGCUGGUUAUCUUGUCACUUGCUCUUACCUUCCCUUCUAAUCUCUGGAGUAUUUGGGUGGAAUAGCAGAUGGAGUUAGCGACAGUUUAGUCCCUUUUAGGUAGCAUUUUCUAAAUUAUGUUGCCAAAUCUCCAGGGCAUACAGAUGGGUUAAAAGAUUUAAAAAUUCCACAUAGUAAUCGUUUGCACAGCUUUUAACUUUAACGUAUAGUUUAAAAAUAAAAAGGGAAAUUGGGUCAUCAAAUUUAACUUUAAAGCAUGGUUUAUAAACCUCUUUUAAGUGGUAAGUCUUAGGCAGGCACUGUCAUUCUUGGUGUGCAGGCUGGUGGCAUAGCUACAUUUACUGUUUUUUAAGUUGCAUGUUGUGAGGUAAAAGAUGCCAAGUCCUAAAUAAGUAGCAAAAUGGUCAUUGAGACCCACUGGUACUAUCCACUUUAUUUAUUUAUUUAUUUAUUUAUUUUUGCUUUAAAAUACUAAGCCGAUUUCAGCUGCUUACUAACACAGUGGACUAUCUCUUUCUGUUCAGCUCCUCCUAGCCACAGUGGGAACUUGAGGUUCUUUGGUAAUCAUCAGAGAUUCCUUCUAAGCCACAGAUUUUUAAAUGAAUGUUUUUAUGGUUAUAUUCAACAUAUAAGGAAAAAGUGUACAUUGGUGCAUGUUUUAUAAACCCAAACACAGAUAGUUAAAACAAUAAUUAGUUUUUCUAUGCCCAAUAGCUUUGAAUUAAAAACAGAUGCCUUUUCUCCAACCUUGUUCUAGGAACCACAUUGUGUAUCUAACAUAAGGAACUGGUGGUAGGAGAAACAAGAUCGAGAAUUCAGAAUUUAGGGGGAAAUGCAUCAUACUCUGUCUAUUUGAAAAUAUAUUUGUAGAUAAGUCUAGAUUUAAUCUUGGACAUCGAGGUUUUCACAUUUUAAAACUUUUUCAUUCCUUUACGUCAGUCAAAAUGUGGCAUAUGUUAAGGGACCAUUUCUCCUGUCAUGUUCAUGUAUUUUGGAAUUAAGUUGUUUACAUUCAUUCUCUUAACAUCUGCCCAUUUCUGCUUAUGUGCAUUUACCACAGAUGUGUUGGGGCUUUGCCUAAAGGGAGAUUUUAGCACCUGUUUUACUGAGGCGAAAGAAUGAUUGACAACUCCUCCAUUGUUUAACCUUGAGUUUGGUUGUAUACAGUUUAUUUGCAGUUAUGUAUCUGUGUUUUAAUACAAAAAGUCUAUAGGAUUAAGGCAUGGUAGUCCUCACAUGUCAGUAUGUACCCAAGUUCAGAAACCAUAGGUGCAUACUCAAACUAUAACUUAGAGAAGGGGAUAAGAUGGUUCUAGUCCUCAGACCACAUGGAAGGAUGUAGUACAUUGCACACCUCAGGUAGUUGUAAGGACAUCCUGCUUCCCUGUCUCAUCCAGCAGAACUCUGGUGUGGACUUCAAGGAUGUGUGAGUAGAACAUUUGAUUGAGAUCUUGCCCCCUAGCAGUUGUCCUGAAUUAUGGCUCAAAUAAACUCUUGAAAAAAUUAGGGAAAAGGGAUGUAGGAGUAGUGUGGAAACAUCUAAGCAUAGAUAUUCUUAGUAUUUUGGCUGUCCCUUUAGAAUUAUGAGAAAUUUAACCCAGAUAGUUUUGAGAGCCUGAGGAAUCUGUUGCCAACCUUGCCAGAGAGAACUACAGGAGGUAUAUGGGGAAUUCCUUCUGUUCUUAGGUAGCUCCAGGACGUGGGAUAAAGAUCCCCAUUCAUGCAAAAGAGAACUUGGAUGCUGCACACCUCAGUGCCUACAUUUCCCUGGCUUGACAUGUAAUGAGGACAUUCAAGUCUUGACCCAUGAAUACAUUUUCUAACUCAGUUGUGAUUAUCAGCUCUGACAUUUUAAUUACUCCCCUUAAGCAAAUCUGGGUCAGAAAAUUAAAGUACAUGACACAACCAAGAUCAUCUUUAGGUUAUACACAAUCUCAACACACUGAGUAGCCAGGAGUACCAUUUCCUAAGUAAUGAUUUGAAUAUUUUGGCUGGAUCCUUGAUCUUAAAAGAAAUGUAGCCGUUUCCUUCACUGUCCUGUAAAACUUGAACUGGGUCUGCCUCUUAAUUGGAAGUGACAGGUACCGGGGAUAAUGUGUAUUCCUGGUGAUGCUGAUGUCUCUCUCAGGUAACCUGGACCAAGAGUUCUUGGUUCCUGGACUAGAGAAUAAGGUACACUGAGGCAGACUUUGAGCCCAUGUGACUAGAAUUUGCCGAUGACAUAAUUUUACACACUAGUGAUGGAUGGGAAUUUUAUUUCUUUUCAUUUAAUAUUUCAUAUUGUGUAUAGAAGUGUUCACUCACACAGUUAAAAACAUUAAGUAAAUCACAUUUUGUAUAAACUGCUCUUGCCAUGGCUUUCCCCCUGUAAUAUACAGUUUAAAUCAUUCAAGUUCCGUGUGCAGCACACUCGGCAGACCUGGAAUCCAUGUGGGUGUUCUCCACUCACCUCCAGGAGUAAACAAGGCUACCAAAGCUUGAAUGUGAUUAUUUUAGGGAGCACCCCAGAGAGGGGAUGCCCUUCGGACUUUUUCAAAACUAUUUUAUUUUUACGUUUUUCACACCAGAUAGGUAAAUCAGUUCACUAAGAGAAAAAGCAUUCAGAAAUACGAAUAGGAAGAUAAAGGAAAUAUAACAGUGUGCUACUUGGGGCUCUGAAGUCGGAUCAGGUGAACCAAAUCAAGAAGAGAACAGGUCUGAUGACCCAGGCCUGAGCCUCCUCACCUCUCUCCCCCUGAUACACAGCCCCUGGUCCUCCUCCUGACUCCUUUCCUAAAAUAGCCAGUGCUGAUUUAAUUAGGCCAUUUACUUACAAAUUUACAACUUUUAGGAAAAAAGGGAAAAAUACCUAGUUUUGCGUUAGAUAUAAAUCUUGGAAGUUAUGAAUUUUUGGCAGCUGUUUAAUCAAAUUGAACCACAAACCAGAACGCACUCUCGUCGAGCAAGACCAAUAAGUUAGCAUAGAGGACUUUAAUAAUUCAAGUUUUCUCCCUUUCUUCUCCUCUUCAUGAAAUCAGAGUGUUGAGAAAUUGCUCUUGGAAAUGCCUCCAAAGGUAUUGUGUCCCUUUGCCCUCCAAGCAGCCCUCUUUAUGCAUUUUUGCUCAGGCAACCAAGGACAUAGAGUAUUGGAAGAAAUAUGGAGUGCUUUUGUAUAGGUCAUCUGUACAUAAAAGUGUAAUUAUUUAUUUAAUUUACCAUUUGUAUCAUAUUAAAGCUUUGUACAGUGUUUUAAGUUCUGUUUUAAAAUAUUUUGUAUUUUAUUUUUAUAAUCUAGUAAUAAAUAUUCAUUCCGCAUG